UAUUAUGGAGUUACAUAAUAUAUAAUACUAAAAUAGAAAUUAUAUAUUUAAAAUGUUUGUAAUAAUAUUAAAUACAUUUUUAAAAUAAAACAAUAUCCGCACGAACGUGCGAUCUAAAAUUUAAGUAUAGAAUAAAAUCAAUAACGCACAGCACACUACUAGUUUUGGUUGAUUGGUGACAAAAUAUACAAAUACUGUCCGACUUUCGUCAAUACCGCAGUUACCGUUUAAUACCUAAAUUAAUUAAGUUGAAAUAAUUUUUACCCUUUUCCGCUAGUCACUAUUUUAAAUUUUAAUGGAGUAAAAUUAGUUGUGUUUAUUCUUGAAAUGUGGAAAAAAAUUAUUUUGCGACGGAUUUAACUCUAUUUAAAAAAAAAUUAUAUACUGGAUUUAUUUUUUUUCUUUUUCAUAUUUCUCUAGUUACUAUCGAAACAAAAAAAAUACAUUUAUUGUACUAUAUAAUUCAUCAAAAUAACAACAUUUAUUCCACUUCUUUUUCUUUUCAUCCCCUUUCACCUAAUAUUCUUAUUCAAUUUUACUCUCAAAAUCUUCUUUUAACAUCACUCUCAAAAAUAUCAAUCAGACCUAUAUUUUCUUUUCACCUAAUUUCACAUAUUUAUUCUAUUAUUAUUAUUAUUAUUAUUAUUAUUAUUAUUAUUAUUAUUAUUAUUUCCAGUUCUUCUAUAUUAACUACUAAUCGCACUCUAAAUAUAGUAUUCACUCCAAAUUGUGUUUUUAUUUUUUCAACAAACAAAUGAAAAAAGGAAUUUUGCAUGUGUUGAUUUAUUUUUUUUAAAUAGAAUAUAUAUAUAUAUAUAUAUAUAUAUCUUUACCAAAAUGAGGAGUGAAAUAUAGUACCAAUAUUUACGUAAAAAUGCAUUUUCCUCAUUUCGUAGCAAAUUUUUCUUGACCAAAAAAAACGUUGCAAAUUUGUUUUUUUUUCAUCAUUGCUUCAAAAAAGCAUUUAUUAAGUUCUUACUGCGGUGAAAAUUUCUCUUUAAAGAACCAGUUCACAAGGGAUUACUUAUUUACUUUAUUGUUCUUUAUAACAUUUUAGAUCUCAGAACCGACAUGCUUUUAUUUCAAUUCAUAAAAGAACAUGGAUGCAAUAUUUGGCCAACAUUGAUGAUACGAACUUUACUUAUGACGCUUAUUUUACCAUGUCCUUUUUUUUUGUCAACCUUAUUUUACCAUAAGUCACUAUGGCAUCAAACUAUACUAAUCGUUAAACUUGCAGAUAUUGUAAUUAAUUAAAAGAAUAAGAUUUUAUCACUAUUGCGACCAAUGUGCGGACACUGUAUGAUAGAGAAACAACGUGGCAUUGUCUGCUACAUGUCCACAUCUCUUGUUUGGUAGUGGACUGUGUUAUUAUUGGCACAGACCAAACCCACUUCCUUUCCCAUUUCUUCAUUAGAUUUUUUUCUCUCUUGGAAAUUGAUGGGCAAUAGGAAACACAAUUUCAAAUUCUCUCUCUCUCCUCUUAUCCUUCCACAAUAACCGAUACCAAUAGUGUCUUCUGAGCCUCUUUUUCUCUCCUCUUUUCCCUCUUCUUUUCUUGCAGGGGUUUAAUCGCUUCUUAAAUGGGUUUAGAUCAACUUCUCCUUUAGUUUAAUUCCUUGUAGACUUGAGAUUCGUCUAGUAGGUUUUGGUGGGGUAUCACAAAGAAAAGAAAAAUAAAUAAAGAUGAAGUCAAAGUCAAAAUUUUAAAAGGUUUGGACUUUGAACAAAGAUAUUUAUCAUCAGCUUCAUCAUGCUAUAUAGCUUAUGAUUAGCUUAUGAGAAGCUAAAGCUAUGAUUAUUUCUUUAAUCAAAUAGCUAGGGCUUUGGAGAGAGAGAGAGAGAGAGAGAGGUUAAAAAAGGUUUUAAUCUUUGUUUAAGAAAAGGUUAAACAAGAUUAGGGUUCCAUUUCAGAAGCUCAAGAUCAAGUAGAUGGAGGUAAGAGAGAAGAAAGAUAAUAAAAUAGAGAUGGAAAGACGACAAUCAUCAGCUAACCAAAACAUUCAAGAUCCUCGUCUACCUCCGUACACUUACUCCCAAACCGCCGACAAAGAGAAACCCACCACCAAAAGAAACGGGUCGGAUCGGGAUCCGGAUCUGGAUACCAACCCUACUUCUAUAGCUCCAGCUCCAAGGUCAUACGCUCGGCCUCAAACAACUUCUCCGACAAGGAGAGUGAGCUAUAGAGAAUGCCAAAGGAACCACGCGGCGAGCUCCGGCGGACAUGUGGUCGACGGUUGCGGUGAGUUUAUGUCAUCAGGCGAAGAAGGCACGGCGGAGUCACUUCUUUGCGCCGCAUGUGAUUGUCACCGGAGCUUCCACAGAAAAGAAGUCGACGGCAUGUUCGUCGUCAAGUUCAAUAGCUUUGGUCAUUCGCAGAGACCUCUCGUCAACCGCCACGUGUCUCCGAUCAUGAUGAGCUUUGGUGGUGGCGGAGGAGGAAGAGAUCCGGCGGAGUCAUCGACGGAGGAUCUCAACAGGUUUCAUCAAGCUUUAAGUGGUAACGGAGUGGAUCAGUUUCAGUACCAUCCAAAGAAGCGGUUUAGGACAAAGUUUAACCAAGAACAGAAGGAGAGAAUGUUCGAGUUUGCUGAGAAGAUCGGUUGGAGAAUGAACAAGUCGGAAGAUGAAGAAGUGAACCGGUUUUGUCGGGAGAUUAAUGUGAAAAGACAAGUGUUUAAAGUUUGGAUGCACAACAAUAAGCAAGCAGCCAAGAAGAAAGAAACGUAAGAGACUUUUUAUAUAUGUACUGUUUGUUAUAAUAAAUUGAUUUUAGAGCUCAGUAUAAUGAUUUCUAAUUUUUACUGCUUGACCUUAUGUCCUUGGUUUCUUUGAAUAUUUUGGACGCUCCAUCUUUGGUUUUGGGUGUGUUUGUCUUCAAUAUUCUCAACU